AUGCGUUUCAACAACAACCUCUUGCUCGCUUCUUUCCUCGGCGUCGCAACCGCCAUCCGUCGAACUUGCAGGCCCGACACUACUAGCGGCGUUACCGGCACCGGCUAUUACACCGUUGGAGACACCGACUCUUGGGCUAAUAUCGCGGCUGACUUUUGCACCGGCGAAGGAGAGCUGCAAAACAUGAAUCCUUCCGGUUCGAUUGUUUUAGGCCAAAUUUUAAAAGUCCCUUGCAAAACUCGAAAGCGCGAUUGCUCUAGGAUCCCGGGAGACUACAAGGGGUACUAUAAGGUCGUCAAAGGCGACGAGUUGUCACUUAUCGCGUCGGAUUUUUGCACCGAUAACUAUAAUAUGGUGUUAUUAAACCCCGACAUUGAUUCUUCGAGCUACAUCGUCACUCCUGGCACCGACUUGCUAGUUCCUUGCAAUUGGAACUAG